AUGACCAGUUUAGUAUCGCAUACAGUCGAAAAAACCAAUGCCACGAUUCUGGAUCUCGAGCAUUUGGUCCAUCAAAGUUUGGGUGGUGGUGCGAACGUCAAGGAGGCCACAUCGCGGCUAUUAGACCAAGUCAUCACUUCGAUCGACCUGGGAUCAUUUUGUGGGAGAGAAAAUGAACUGAUUGCCGCAUGUACAAUUCCUCCCCAGUCAGACGAGAAGAAAGAUCGCCGAUCACAGCGAAAAGGGAAGAAACCAACUGGAUCUGUGGAUUACUUCUCCAAGGUGUAUCUAUAUGCCAAUUCGCGAUUACCACCCCAUUUACCACCACUAAAAUUCUAUCCUCCAACAUAUCCUCUCCUCCAACUCGCAGCCAAGUACUCCCGCCGCGUCUACGACAAACCCUCAAGCCGUGAACGACAUUCCUACGUCGACUCAGACUGGCUACAUGGUACCAAAGCCAUGGUAGUCAAGUCCCUACCAAUCGACGACAUGAACACCAUCGUCUUCGCCAUACGCGGUACGCAAAGUUUCCUAGACUGGGCCGUGAACGUCCGGGCCGCACCAACCUCUCCAACAGGCUUUCUAGACGACCAUUCCAAUCUCUGCCACUCGGGAUUCUUAUCAGUUGCCCGAAAAAUGGUCAUCCCCGUCGCAGCCCGGCUACGUAAUCUCCUCGAAGAAGAUCCAACACGAAUGUCCUACUCGCUAGUCUUCACCGGUCACUCCGCAGGCGGCGCCGUCGCCAGCUUACUAUAUCUCCAUCUCCUAUCGGAGUCUCCAGCCGUGCAAUCCGAACUCGUCCAUCUCCGCGGCUGCUUUAAACACAUCCACUGUGUUACUUUCGGUGCUCCGCCUCUGUCGCUUCGUCCGCUACAGCCCUCUCCGACAGCCCGGGGCUCAAAGUCUAUGUUCUUCGCGUUUAUCAAUGAAGGGGACCCGGUCUCCCGUGCUGACAAGAACUAUUUUCUCUCGUUGCUAGAUCUGUAUGUUUCACCCGCUCCCGGAUCAAUACUUGCCUUGUACGACAGGAAGAAGAAAUCCGCUCCUAUAUAUUGGAGGAUUCCUUCUUCUGAUCUGUCGCUCGCUGGUCGGCUUGUUCUUCUUCGUCCGCGAGAUCAACAGAAUACCCGCCCUGUGUUUGUACCGCUGUCGGUCCCUGGUGGACCGCCUGCACUGCCACCGAGGGGGAAUGUGGAUGCCUGUGGGAUUACGGAUACUGAGCUUCAAGGUGUGGUCUUUGGGGACCCUGUGAUGCAUUUUAUGGACUUAUAUUCUCGUCAUAUUGAUGCCUUGGCGAGAGAUGCCUUGAGUAAAAGGUCAUGA